AUGAGUACUAAAACCAGGUCACAAUUCACUAUAUUACAGGGCUAUACACCUCUACAUCUCGCCUCGAUGCAUGGCCAUGAACAGAUCAUCGAGUUACUAGUCCAGACAUUCAAAGCUGAUCCAAACAUUCGAGACUUCAGUGGUAAAAAGGCAAAGCAGUAUCUACCCAAUUCAGCUUCUACGAAGGCUCAACAAAUGUUGCUUUCCCGACGACUUGGUGCUUCAUUAGUAUCAAGCCGAUCUUUAGAUGACUCCUUUUUAAGAAGUACUUCAUUUAGAAAGAGCAAUCGUGCAAAAGCCAUCACAUCUCUUAUACAAACAACAUCUGCUGGAAUGAGGAAGGCCAUGCUCCGAACAAGUUGGCAAGGAUCUGCAGAGAACAUGGCAAGUGAUCGAUCCCGAGGUCUACGAUCCCGAAGUCCAAGCUCUACACCACCAGGAAGUGCUGGCCCCUCACCCCAGACUCCUCGACGAGGCGUAAGUGCAGGCGAUCUAAUGCCACCUCCAACUGCUCCAGUCAGGAGAAGUAGACAUCAUCAAGAUCGAACAGGAAGUAGGGAAAGUCUGGAGGACGAAGAACACAGACGAAUGACAGUUCCCAGAUCAGAAUCCGAGCCCAGUAUUGGAAUUGUGGAAUCAAGCAAAAAGACUUAUAUAUGAAGACUUUUUUUCUGGGAUAUCUUUAGACUUUUUGAUAGGAAAUUGAGAUUAGUACAACGGAAAAAGAAUCGGAGAUUAUGUGUAUAAAGACUGUUUACAAUAAUGCUAAGUUAUACCAUAUACAUGCUUUAGAUUUACUAGGUGUACUUCAUCUCUCAGAAAACAAACACACUUAAUUUCAUAAGAUAUUUAAUAGUGUUGUGUUGUUUAUCAGACUAUUAUUGUUAAGUUUGUUCCUGCUUUGUUUAUGUCUGAUUAUGCCUACCAAUUCCAUACUGUACACAUUUCAUUGUUAUUCUUGUGAUAAAAGACAUCAACUUUUUCUGAUUUUAAGCGUUAUACAUAUGUGACAUACCUGCAUUUGUCACAGGAAGUGGGAAGUGUAAUGUAUGUGUGUGGACCAGAAAGUGAAACAUGUUCAUACCUUUAUUUGUAAGAAAAAAUUACUUAUUGGUAUUUUCACAGUUAUCUAUCACACAAUGUUGAUAUGCCAAUUAUGGAUGGGUGCACAUCUGUUCACCAAAAUGAGACAGGUGUGUGAUGGAAAACAUGACACAUAUGUUCAUGCAAGUAUAUGUACCACAGAAUGUGUAGGUACACACUGUAUUAUGCAACACAUUGUGUGAAAGUCACCUCUCUCAAGACACUUGAGCAUGUUGUAAUUGUGUUGUCAUAGAAACACUAUGCUGUAAUAUUAUUAGUAUUCAUGGGAGUUUUAUUUGAUUUGAUUUCGUUGGUUCAUCCACCAAUCAAAUGUCCAUGAAUGAAAAAAAAACAUUUAAAAAUGUGAAAUGCAUAUCCAUCAAUGUAUUUCCAAAGUGCAGUUUAUCAACAAAAUAUAAAAACAUUGUUAAAGACAAAAAAAACACAAACAUAGAAUUUGAGCCAUUUUUACUGUUAAUAGACUGCAAUAAAACAAACCAUGUUUAAAGUUUUGAAUAAAACCCCUAUUAAACAGGGUUGCAAGAGGGUGAGAAAGUGUGUGGUAUGUACACACCUGUUAGGUUUUAGGAAGAGUGAUUAUACACAUGUGUUUGUGUGUAUCUGAAAAUGUGACACAGAAUUACACAACUGUUUAAGUAAUUGUUACAAUCCUUCACACAUGUUUAUGUGUAAUAUCACUUUUGUGUUGCUAUGUUGUAAUCAUUCUCUUGUUUCUGACAAUAAAGAUAUGUUAAUUACUGAA